AUGUCGUCCAUCGACGAUGCCAAGCAGAACGACAUCGAGUUCGUCGAGGAGAGUGCCAGCCAUGAUGAAGAGCGGGCGAGAGAAGAGAAGGCAUUGGUCCGGAAGAUCGACCUAUACCUUCUUCCAACAAUGUGGCUGAUGUAUCUCCUAUCAUACAUGGAUAGAACAAACAUCGGUAAUGCGAAGAUUGCUGGCAUGACCGACGACCUGGGCAUGGACUCGAACCAGUACUCCAUCAGUUUGGUCGUCUUCUUCAUCACCUAUGUCCUCUUCGAAGUUCCCUCCAACUUGAUUCUCUCCAAGACCAGACCAUCGGUCUUCCUCGCUACAAUCAUGGCUCUCUGGGGCAUUGUCACUUGCUGCAUGGCUAAAGUCGAAACAUACGGACAACUCGUGGCACUCCGUGUCAUAGUCGGUAUCCUAGAAGCAGGCUUUGCUCCAGGAAUCCUACUCAUCCUGAGUUCAUGGUACAAGAAAGCAGAACAAUCGAAGCGCUUCGCGGUCUACAUCUCCGCAGCCGUCCUGUCAGGAGCCUUUGGCGGCAUUAUUGCUGGAGCGAUCACGGACAAUCUCGACGGCCGCUACGGCAUUCGAGGCUGGAGAUGGCUGUUUAUCGUCGAGGGAGCCGCCACUGUGAGCUGGGCGCUUGUAUCGGGUUUCAUCCUCCCAGACUUCCCUGCCAACACCAAGAAGUUCAAUGCGCGCGAGAAAGAGCUUGCCAUUAGACGUCUUGAGGAAGACGAUGUUACCAACAGGUCGGAUGAUCGCCCGAGGUUGACUUCCAUGCAAGCCAUGAAGGAUUCCAUCACUUCAUGGAGGGUGUGGAUCCUCAUCCUCGGAUACAUGGUCAUCGUCGGGUCUUCCACCCUGUCAUAUUUCUAUCCUACGCUCGUCCAGGGACUCGGAUACACUUCGCACAUGGCACAGUACAUGGUCGUCCCCAUCUACGCUGUUGCUUUCGUGUGUGUGGGAGUUACCGGCUACUUCAGCGACAAGUUCCCGCUGCAACGAGGUGCCAUCAUUGCAGCAUGGCUAACAGUCUCCUUGAUCUGCUCGAUCAUCAUCUGCGUGGUGUACAACUUCACUGCACGUUACGCUCUGCUCGUUAUUAUGGCGGCAGGUCUCUGGAGCACCAACGGCCUCUCCCUAUCCUACGCAUCGAGCACAUUCGCAAGCAUGCCACAGGAAACAAGAGCAGUGUCGCUGGCGCUUGUGAAUGCUCUCGGCAACCUUGCACAGAUCUAUGGUGCUUAUCUCUUUCCGUCCGACGAUGCGCCGAAGUACUUGCUUGGGUUUGGUGUCAUUAGCGGGAUGUGCGCAUUCGGUGUGUUCAUCUAUGCGUUGGCUCACGUGCUACUGCGGAAGUACAUUCCGAAGAACUAG